AAACGCGACUCCCGCAGUUACAGAGCCGCAAACUGCUGUUAUAGUCACACAAGGAAAGAAGAACAAGCAACAGCGGAUACAGACGAUACGAGCACUUUUAGUUACUUUUUUCAUCUGAAGAUUAUUUUAUUUUUUUUUAAAUCGGAACAAAGAGGAGACUCAAGCAGCAGUUCUUCACCGCCUCAAGCUUCAAGCUAUAUGUAUUUGGAUUUAACUUUUCUUUGCCGUCGCCCUACUAUGGUCAUAAUGGAGGUGCCCACCAUCGACUGUGCGUCCCUCCGUAAUCUGCUGGAGGCCGACGCCGACGCUCCGGGCUGCCUGGUGCUGGACUGCCGCUCUUUCCUGUCCUUUAACGCGUCCCACAUCGCGGCCUCCACUAAUGUCCGCUUCAGCACCAUCGUGCGACGACGAGCCAGGGGCGGCCUGGGGCUCGAACACAUUGUCCCCAACGAGGACACCAGGAGCCGGCUCCUAUCCGGCGAGUACCAGUCGGUGGUGCUUCUGGACGAUCACAGUUAUGACUUAAGCCAAGCCAAGAAAGACGGGACCUUGAUGCUGGCUGUGGCAGCCCUCUGCCGGCACCCCUGUGGAGCAAGUGUCUUUAUACUUAAAGGUGGGUUUGACACAUUUUCCAAAGAGUAUCCAGACAUGUGCACCAAGCCAUCUCCCUCACCGGGGCUCAGUUUACCUCUGAGCUCCAGCCACCCAGGAAGUGCAGACCCGAGCUGUAGUCCAUGCAACACACCACUUUAUGACCAGGGCGGUCCUGUGGAGAUCUUGCCCUUCCUGUACCUGGGUAGCGCUUACCAUGCUUCCCGAAAAGACAGGCUGGACAUGCUGGGGAUCACUGCCCUUAUAAACGUCUCCGCCAACUGCCCCAACCACUUUGAGGACUCAUUUUUGUACAAGAGCAUCCCUGUAGAGGACAACCACAAAGCGGAUAUAAGCUCCUGGUUCAACGAGGCGAUUGAGUUUAUCGAUUCGGUUAGGAAUAACGGUGGUCGUGUGUUCGUCCACUGUCAAGCGGGCAUCUCCCGGUCAGCCACCAUCUGCCUCGCCUACCUCAUGCGCACCAACCGCGUCAAACUGGACGAGGCCUUCGAGUUCGUGAAGCAGCGCCGCAGCAUCAUCUCACCCAACUUCAGCUUCAUGGGACAGCUCCUCCAGUUCGAGUCUCAGGUGCUAGCCUCCUCAACUUGCUCGUCGGAGGCCGGGAGUCCGGCCAUCGGCAACGGCAGCUCCGUCUUUAAUUUCCCAGUGUCCAUCCCAGUGCACUCAUCUGCCAGUCAGCUCUCCUUCCUCCACAGUCCCAUCACUACCUCUCCUAGCUGCUGAUGUAUAGACAAUGGGACAUGCAUAUCUUGACUUAAAUAACAACUCAACAACUGGUGACUCUUAAACAGUGGUGCUGGUAUCACUGCACUAAAUGUGCAUUUGACUUUGUAACCUUGUUUCCCAACGUCAGUUCAAGGGGAGAUGUGGCAGCUACCAACAAAGCAGUAUUGAUGCAUAACUGCUCAGCGAGGCUGUUGGAUGUAUGUGAAUAUUACUUUUUUUAAUUCAAAGGAUUCUGCUACAUGAUGGCAAAUGCUUUUGAUAAUCACAAUCAAUUAUUAAAAACAAAUCAGAGGGCAAAUAGCAGUCUCAGGAAUGUUGACCUCCCAGAUGUCUUUAUUUUGCUUCCUAGGUAAGGAGUCUAAUUAUUAACCUGUGCUGACAAGUUACUGCUUCAUUUGAAGAACAAUGAAUGUAUCCCCUCUGUUUAUUGUGGAUGUGGCAGAAGAGGCCAAUUUGAAUGCAAAUGUAUGACUUUGCUGGAUGUGACGAUCCUGACACGUUGGGGAAAGUGACCAUUAAAUACCUCAUGUUUAUGUACUGUGUACUGCAAGGCCUGUGUUGGGCAGGUCGUCUGCAAUGAUUGCUAUAUGACAUAUUUAUUGAAGGAAAGUAAUAUAUUUCUCUAGUAUACCUAUUUUUGCAUAUGUCCAUUUAAAUGAUUUUUUUAUACCACUUUGAAUAAAUGUGCUUUGACUUUG